CACUCGGUGGCGCGAAAUUUGCACAUGUACUCACUAAACUACAGCUUAUGCAAUGAUAAGGAGCCUAUAUCGAUUGAGAUCCAGCUUGUUCGGGCACUGUUUCACCUUUGUAAAAUUAAAUUACCACAGAAUGAUUGGACAACAAAAGAUUUACUCCUUCUUCCGAGUUGCCUCCGUCAGCAGUGGGGCAAAACGGCAGUUAGCAUCGGACAACUCAUCUGAAGAAAACAAAUAUGAGCAAGUAUCAACGCCAUCCAAGAAGCUCAAAUCUCUUGAUAACGUGGACAGAUCGACAAUUGGAGACUCAGGUGUGAUCCUCAGCCCAGAACAGAAAGAGAGAAUGGCUCAACAACGAGCCAAGGCAUUGGAGAGACUUCACAGCAAACAAGGGAACCAGCUGUCUGCAGGCCAGGUCACUGGAACACCAGCAGGAAUUGGAGAAUCUUGGGCCAAGGCACUAUCUGCUGAGUUCAAAAAGCCAUACUUCACAAAACUUCAAAACUUUGUUGAGAAGGAACGACUGACUAAGACCAUCUACCCACCAGCAAACCAAGUCUAUUCAUGGACCCAGCUCUGCUCCAUCCAUGAUGUGAAAGUUGUAAUCUUAGGACAGGAUCCCUACCAUGGGCCAGGUCAAGCACAUGGUUUGUGUUUCAGUGUGAAGAAAGGAGUGGAUCCACCGCCCAGCUUGGUGAACAUGUUUAAGGAAUUAGCUGCAGACAUUGAGGGUUUCCAGAUCCCUCAUCAUGGAGAUCUCACUGGGUGGGCAAAGCAAGGUGUAUUGCUUCUCAAUGCGGUCUUGACUGUUCAAGCUCAUCAGGCCAAUUCCCACAAGGAUAAAGGCUGGGAGAUGUUCACCGAUGCUGUCAUCAGUUGGCUCAACAAACACUGUGAUGACAUUGUCUUCCUACUCUGGGGUUCCCAUGCACAAAAGAAAGGCACCAUCAUAAACACUAAACGACACCACGUACUGAAGAGUGUGCAUCCAUCUCCACUCUCGGCCUAUCGCGGUUUCUUUGGCUGCAAGCAUUUCUCCAAGACCAACGAGAUGCUGAAGAAAGUUGGCAAGACUCCAAUAGAUUGGGGCAACCUCAACAUGGAAUAGCAACAUUCUCUCUGCAGAACUAAUAGCCUGGGUUGCCAUUCAUGAUUCACAAAAUCAUCAAUGUGAAAUUGCCAAAUUAAUGCAAAGGAAAAGCUUUGUUUGCAUACUAGUUAUAAUUGACUACUUCAUUAAUUAAAGGGAUGCAGCUUCUUACACCAAGUUCAUAAGCACAACAAAAAUUUCAUUAAAUACUUGCUGUAAAACUUUUCAUUUUACAGUUCAGUGAAAUGGUAGCUCCUCAAAAAUCAGGUUUAAUGGGCACUUGCUUUAAUUUCUUUACUAGUGCUAUGCUUUUCAUUACAUUGCAAGAAAUCAUCCUUACUUUUGCUCACCUAUACAUCUAAUUGCAUCUCUCCACUGUUUUUACUUGUAAGUGCAUUUUGUUGUUUAUCAAAGUUACAGAUGGCUUUUAAAUAUGUAACCUUUUUCCUGAAACAUGAAUACUCCCCAGCUUUUUUAAAAGUUGGUUAUAUUUUUAUAAUGUUGACAUCUUUUGACUUUCUUCCAAUCCAUCCGUCUUUAACCAAAUCUCAUGGAUAUCAUUUCGCACCUGUUGUUCUUUUGAUACAGCUUUGUAACACAAGUGUAAAUGUAUAAUCCAUAUUUUAUGAGCAGUUUAAAUAAAGUUCCAUGAAAAUCA